AGGUCCGGUAAUGGCGGAGCCAACGCCCAGGGCCCCCGCGUCGCGGCCGUCAUUUUCGUCUUCCACGUCGUCCACACCUCCAAAAUCUUCUCCUCCUCCUCCUCCGCCGCCGCAACGGCCCGGCCUCCAACCGGCCCUGGUCGAGCCCUCCAACAAGAGCAAGAAACGCAAAUCCUCCAAAGCCCUUCGCGUGUUUCGCUCGGUUUUCCGGUCCUUCCCCAUCAUAGCGCCAGCCCCCUGCAAGCUGGCCUCCCUCCCCGGCGGGUUCCUCCCCGACGUGCACCUCGCCGUCUCCCGGGACCGGAUCACCGGCACGCUCUACGGCUACAGGAAAGGCAGAGUCAACCUCUCCCUGCAGGAGAACCCCCGGACACUCCCGACCGUCGUGAUCGAGCUCGCCAUGCAGACGAGCGCGUUGCAAAAGGAGAUGAGCGCCGGAAUGGUGAGGAUUGCGUUGGAGAGCGAGAAGCGGGCGGAGAGGGAGAAGGCACUGCCGGUGCUGCAGGAGGCGGUGUGGACGAUGUACUGCAACGGGAAGAAGAACGGGUACGGGGUGAAGAGGGAGGCGACGGAGGAGGACUUGCAGGUGAUGGAGCUGCUGCGGGCGACGUCCAUGGGCGCCGGAGUCCUGCCCGUAAAGUCUGACGUGGAGUCGGCAGACGGCGAGCUGGCAUACAUGCGGGCCCACUUCCAACACGUGGUGGGCUCCAAGGACUCCGAGACGCUCUACAUGUUGAGCCCCGACAGCAACAGUGCCCCUGAACUGAGCAUCUUCUUUGUCAGGAUUUAAUUACUUAAAUUUCAUAAUCUCUUCUUCUUCUUCUUCUUCUUCAAUUAAUAUAUAAUUAAAUUAAUGUAUGGGCCGAUUAGAUAAUC